AUGUCUUCAGCAGUAAGGGUCCCGACCGCUGCGGUCGAGAGCUCAGAUGCAACCGGAGACCUGGCGAUCAGUAAAGAUGCGCGCCUGAUGUUGGAGUCGACGACGCGACAGAAGAACUCUCGCCUGCCCCCGGCGCUUCGUUUUCCCCUGGUUGUCGUGCUCAGUCUAGCGUGGACAGCAGUUGGAUAUGGAAGCAUAGCACAGUGGACAGGCGACCAGCUCUUUGCCUUUUCAAGGUCGCUGUCGCUUACACAAAGCGCUUUGCUGUUGUCCUGGAGAGUGCUUGAGCUGGGGAUAGGAUGGUUCGGCGACUACGAUAGCUACGACGUGGUCGCACUGAGCGUUCUAUCACACGGUCCCACUCUCUACCUACUUUCAACUUUCUAUGGAAUGCGACCUUUGGCCUCGGCAACUUGCCUUUCGAUCGAUGUUCUGUCCAGCGUCGUUCCAUUUGCGUUAUUACGUCCUCUGUCCGCGGCGCAUCUCGCUGCACCAAAUGUCCCAAACCGAAUCCUACUGGUAGACUGGCCAAUUCAAGCUUAUACCGCCCUUAUGGUAUCGGCCGUCUACGCGCUGACGCUGUCUUUGGCGUACGGCCCAUUUUUGAGGGGUAUCCUUCUGCUCAACUUUACGGGCAUUCCCUCGAUUGAGCCGUCCAAGACUCCCGAAGCGACUAUUUGGACCAUUGCGCUUUCGUUAGCCUUCGGGGUAGCUGCGCGUACAUUCAUAUUUGUACCAGCGGUCGCCACAGGACGCGUUGCCGAGGAUGAUGUACUUGAGAAGUUCGACCCCGUCUCUGCGACACUAGGUGAGACGUUACUUUUCAAUGCUUGGGGAUUUACAGCGCAGACAAAGACCGUAAUACUCCGAACCUUGAUGGUCAUGUUUAUCAGUGGCGGACGAACUUUUCUGCAGUGUGGCUUAACAAUCGCAGGGGUUGAGUUUGCUGGCGCUGCCAUGUAUUCACUGGUCUGGGCUGUGGCUUCCCUCUUUGCUGGCCUGGGAUUGGGACUUGUGGUGGAAUGA